AUGAUUGAUCAACGGGUAGCAACUGGAAGAAAACUGUUCCUCUUUCCUCUGGCGCCGUCGCAAGUGCAAGCCCUGGAUCGAUCACGGUUGGUAUUAGUGGACUCGACGAGAGCGAGAGCGAGAGAAAACUGCGCCUGCGCCGGGACGACUGAGAAGAAGACGAAGACGGCGCCCUCCAGAGAAGAGCCUAUUCUUGCGGUGGACGGGGAGGAGCAGGAGGUCGUCGUCGCCCAUAACCAUCAUAUUCACCACUUCCACCACCACCCUCAUUUGCCUUUAUCGCCCACAUCACCAACACCUUCCUCUUCAUCAUCUAUUGCCUCAUCCUCCUCGUCCGCCACCUCCUUGACACCAUUACCGCCCGCCGCCCAGCUCAAGAAGAAGCGCCGGGAGCGAGCUAUUCCCCGUCACGCGACCACGAGCGGGUACUACUACGACGUCAUCAAGCCCGCAAGCCCAGCAGCCAACCCACUGACAAAGACUAUCCUCGAAGGCAAGGAGCUCUUCAGGCAGGGUGCCUACCCCGCUGCACUUGCUAAAUUCACAACGGCGAUCGCGGCGCAGCGCCCGCGGGACCUACCUGCGCUGUACUUGUAUCGGUCGCAGACGCUGUUCAAGCUUGAGCGGUAUCGCGAAGCCGUACGGGAUGCACGCAAGGCCAUCGAGCUGCGGUCCACGUUCUGGGAGGCGUGGAUUAUAUUGUUGGAUGCCCAGCUCGCCCUGAAAGACCACCACGCAUGCAACGACACCUGCCGCCAGCUGAUGGCAAGCAUGGCGGGUCCGUCGUGCUACCUGUCGACGGACGAGUGCGGGACGAGGAUCAAGGCGUUCGCGAAAGUGGACGAGGUGAUGGGGAUUUUAUCUACGCAAUUGUAA